GUCGGGGUGACAGGCCCGGAGGAGGGGCCAGCAGAGCGGGGCGGGAACUAAGCUCCUCUCGCGAGACCUGGCGUCGGCACAGCCGCGGCGACGGCGUGUCGGGGAGGGGAGCGUGGGGGCGGGGAGCGAGGAGGCGGCGGCGGCGGCGGCGGCGGUGGCGGCGUCCGAGCUACGCCACACGGGGCCGGGGCGCCGGGAGCCGGAGCGCCGACGCGCGGGGUCGUGGCGGCGGCGGCGGUGGUGGUGACGGGAGCGAGGAGGAGGGGGUGGUGCCAUGGCGGGCCAGCAGUUCCAGUACGAUGACAGCGGGAACACCUUCUUCUACUUCCUCACCUCCUUCGUGGGGCUCAUCGUGAUCCCGGCCACCUACUACCUCUGGCCCCGGGACCAGAAUGCCGAGCAAAUUCGACUAAAGAAUAUCAGAAAAGUGUAUGGAAGAUGUAUGUGGUAUCGUUUAAGGUUGCUAAAACCUCAGCCAAAUAUUAUCCCUACAGUAAAGAAAAUAGUUCUGCUUGCAGGAUGGGCAUUGUUCUUAUUCCUUGCAUACAAAGUUUCCAAGACAGAUCGAGAAUAUCAAGAAUACAAUCCUUACGAAGUGUUAAAUUUGGAUCCUGGAGCAACAGUAGCAGAAAUUAAGAAACAGUACCGUUUGCUAUCACUUAAAUAUCAUCCAGAUAAAGGAGGUGAUGAGGUUAUGUUCAUGAGGAUAGCAAAAGCUUAUGCGGCUUUAACAGAUGAAGAAUCCCGCAAAAAUUGGGAAGAAUUUGGAAAUCCAGAUGGGCCACAAGCCACAAGCUUUGGAAUUGCCCUGCCAGCUUGGAUAGUUGACCAGAAAAAUUCAAUUUUGGUUUUACUUGUUUAUGGAUUGGCAUUUAUGGUUAUCCUGCCCGUUGUUGUGGGCUCUUGGUGGUAUCGCUCAAUUCGUUACAGCGGCGACCAGAUUUUAAUUCGUACAACACAGAUUUACACAUACUUUGUUUAUAAAACUCGAAAUAUGGACAUGAAACGUCUUAUCAUGGUUUUGGCUGGAGCUUCUGAAUUUGAUCCUCAGUAUAAUAAAGAUGCAACAAGCAGACCGACGGAUAAUAUUCUAAUACCACAGCUAAUCAGAGAAAUUGGCAGCAUUAAUUUGAAGAAGAAUGAGCCUCCACUUACCUGCCCAUAUAGUCUGAAGGCCAGAGUUCUUUUACUGUCUCAUCUUGCUAGGAUGAAAAUUCCUGAGACCCUUGAAGAAGAUCAACAAUUUAUGCUGAAAAAAUGCCCUGCCCUACUUCAAGAAAUGGUUAAUGUGAUCUGCCAGCUCAUAAUCAUGGCCCGCAGCCGGGAAGAAAGGGAGUUUCGUGCUCCAACUUUGGCAUCCCUAGAAAACUGCAUGAAGCUCUCCCAGAUGGCUGUCCAAGGCCUUCAGCAGUUUAAGUCUCCUCUUCUGCAGCUCCCUCACAUUGAAGAGGACAAUCUUCGACGGGUUUCCAAUCAUAAAAAGUACAAAAUAAAAACUAUCCAGGAUUUGGUGAGCUUAAAAGAAUCAGAUCGUCAUAGCCUACUACACUUCCUUGAAGAUGAAAAAUAUGAAGAGGUUAUGGCUGUCCUUGGGAGUUUUCCAUAUGUGACCAUGGACAUAAAAUCACAGGUACUCGAUGAUGAAGAUAGCAACAAUAUCACAGUAGGAUCUCUAGUUACAGUGUUGGUUAAAUUGACAAGACAAACGAUGGCAGAAGUAUUUGAAAAGGAACAGUCCAUCUGUGCUGCAGAGGAACAGCCAGCAGAAGAUGGGCCGGCUGAUAUUAAGAACAAAACAAAAGGAGGAUGGCAACAGAAGAGUAAAGGACCCAAGAAAACUGCUAAGUCAAAAAAAAAGAAACCUUUAAAAAAAAAGCCUACACCUGUGCCAUUACCCCAGACAAAACAGCAGAAACAGAAGCAGGCCAAUGGAGUUGUUGGAAGUGAAGCUGGAGUAAAAGAAGAUGAAGAAGAAAUGUCAGACAAAGGCAGUGAUUCUGAAGAAGAGGAAGCCAAUAGGGAUUCCCAGAGUGAAAAGGAUGAUGGGAGCGACAGAGAAUCUGAUAGAGAACAAGACGAAAAACAAAACAAAGAUGAUGAAGCGGAGUGGCAAGAACUUCAGCAAAGUAUACAGCGGAAGGAGAGAGCGCUCCUGGAAACCAAAUCCAAGAUAACCCACCCUGUGUACAGUCUCUACUUUCCAGAGGAAAAACAAGAAUGGUGGUGGCUUUAUAUUGCAGACAGGAAGGAGCAGACACUAAUAUCUAUGCCGUAUCAUGUGUGUACGCUGAAAGAUACAGAGGAGGUAGAACUGAAGUUUCCUGCACCAGGCAAACCUGGAAAUUACCAAUAUACAGUGUUUCUGAGGUCAGAUUCCUAUAUGGGUUUGGAUCAAAUUAAACCAUUGAAGUUGGAAGUUCAUGAGGCUAAGCCUGUGCCAGAGAAUCACCCGCAGUGGGAUACAGCAAUAGAAGGAGACGAAGACCAGGAGGACAGUGAGGGCUUUGAAGAUAGCUUUGAAGAGGAGGAGGAGGAAGAGGAAGAUGAUGACUAAGCAGUACUUUGAAUGGACCACAGUGUUUGCAGAGACUUGCCAAGUUGUUGCUGGUUUGGAUGUGUCUAAUAAAGCUGAAACAGUACAUAGCUGAUGUGAGGGGAGUGCUAGUGUCUCUCCUGGACCUGGGCGGGUAAAGCAGCCCGGCAGUGGGGAAUGCCUUGGCACAAUCUGAAAAAGCUUGUUCAAGCCUGCAAGUAUGGGGUGGUGCAUUUACUUCAUCUGCAGAUGAUAAUAAAUCCUUGGUUGUUGUAACUGUCUAGAGCGUGGGCUGUGUAUUGCCUGAUCAGUUUAUGGUCCCAGUAAAAGUAAAGCUACAUUAAAAAAUAAUCUAUGAGCAAUUUUUGUUUGUUCAGCUUUAGUUUUAGUAAAUGAAGUAUGGUAAGCAUCACAAAUAUGUUUUAAAUAACAUCUCAAGGUUUUGAUCUCUUGGUAAACGCUGUUAUUCCUUUAUUGAUAUUUUACAGGUGGUUAAGACUGUUCAUAACAGCUCCACACAUAGCUUAAAACCUUUUAUUUUAACCUUCUGGGUUGCAAGUUCACAUUCUCUGACAUUCCACAUAAUACUGAGGGCUACAUUGUGGCUUUUUCCUAUUCUUAAUUGCCCAGAGUUAUCAGAUGAAAAAAAAGGCUUAAAACAUUUUUUUAAGUCUUGCUCAGCAAAUCAGAAUUAUUUUGAUAACCUUUCAGCUUAAAAGUGUGGGACCAUACGUUCUCUGAUGUUGGUGGCUUAUGUUAUUAAAUCUUUUGCAAAAGGUUUACUAUAAAAGCUGAACUACAUUCUUAGCUUUUAAACUACCUGACUCUAUCAGAAGCGUUUUAAGGGAAAAAAAAUUAAACAUGCAGAGGAGGCAUUUUUUUUUUGUAUUCAUAUUGGACUUCUGUCAAUAAAAUAGAAGUUUGACUCGUUUUACGUUUAUAAAAGUGUGUGUCUUUUUUUUUAUUCUCAGAGAAAGGACAAUAAAUACAGUAAUCCAUUCUUUUUCAACUUAGAAUUCAACAAUAUUGUUUGUUACUGUUGAAGCCACUGCUGUUUCUGUGUGCUGUAGGAAAGCCUGCACAGGAGAGGUGUUUGCUCUCCUCUCGGGCAACUGGGAACAUGCUGUGCUUACAGGAUGUGCGCAUGCGUCUCCCAGGCCAGAUGAGUACUUUGACUAGUGUUGUUGAACGAGGAGGAAGCCACACCUGUCGUGCCGCAGGGCUGCUGCUAACAUCCUCAGCUCUGACAUCUCUGUAGCAAAGCAUGUUGGGAUGCUCUCAUGGGACCUUGGCAGUGGCAGAGGUUGCUGCUUUCUAAGCAGAAUUACCACUGGUGUUCUGUUACUGCUGUAGUUGGAAGUAAAAUUUGAAAAUUAAAAAAAAAAAUUUUUUUUAAACCACGAAUGUUUCUUUCACUUUAAAUUUGAUAUCCUAUUUUCCAUCAAAUUCCUUUGGAACCUUGCUUGAUAAUACAACUUAGAAACACCACAGUGCUCACAGAAACAGCAUCAUCUUGACCUUGCUGAGUGCCACAAGUCUGUUUUCCUUUGCUCUCGCUGUGUGUGCCCGUGCGCAUGCACAUUUCCCAGCUGACUGCCUUAACUGGACUGGGCAUGCUGCAGGAGGCAGAGGCCUGGCCUUCAGCUGGGGACCUUCCCCAGCAUGUACUGAACACCCCAUCCCCCUUGUGUUUAUGGAAUGGGCUCCCUAAUUUGCCCUGGUUUAUUUUGCAUUUCACCCCUUGGAAGCUUACCAGGUAAACAGAUUAGGUAAGCAUGUAGACGGGACCAAUGUAUGUGUGUGGAAUGUGAAAGUCAGUAACUUAAGCUGUAGAAUGUACCUCUAAACGUUGAGGCAGUAUCUCUGAAGAUAGAGACUCCAUGAGAACACUUCAGAAGCCAUUGGAAGGGCAGCAGUGCAAACCUUGACUGAGGCUCCAUGGGAUUUUCCAUGUGCGUAUCUCCAAGCUCGAAAGUUAAGCAGAUGUUUUUAAGUCCUUUAAAAUGUUUGGUUUUUGUGAAUUUUAAAGGUUGGGCACACCAAGUAAGCUGCAGUCUGUGGAGCAAUAUCUUGGGCUCUGUUGUACUCCACUCAGCUUGUCCUGGGGGUUGGUGGGGGCAGUCCUGCUGUGCCAGCCCUUUGUGGGAAGGGGCGCUCGGGUAGAAGCAGGAGUGGGUGGAGACCAGCAAAGGAUGUGGAAAUGUGUGUGUGAUGCUGGAGGUGGGGCAGAUUUGAGGACUGUAAAGAGGACUCUGAGCCAGUUCUUGGCCAAAACAUUGAUUCAGUACUUGCUUCAACCCAUCAAAGCCAUAUCCUGGAGUGUGCUUUAGCAAUAGUUUUUACGUCGGAUGUAAUUCAGCACCUUCCAAACUUUUAGAGAAGCUAUUCAUUUGCUUGUUCUCUGAGCUUCUGUGUGCUCGGCUAGUGAUGGGAUAUAGGGGCUGUCAAAAUUGGAGUGCUUGAGUUAAGAAGCCUGGUGCUGAGCCAGGCAGAUCUGUGGCAAUCUGUGUUAAUCCAUUUGCCUUGGCUACUUUAUGUCUUUCUAUUUUGGGCAGAGGAAUUAUUGUUUGGGGCUGUUUAAUUUUCAGCUUUAAAAAUAUAUAUAGACAAAUUCUAAUCCUUUGUUUUAAAUCCUUUUUGAAAGUGUUUUUCCCUGCACACUUUGACUCAGCUCUGUAAAAUCCCAUUUAGUCUGCCUUAAAGUAAAACAAUUAGUGAACUGUAAUAUGACAUUUUGCCAGCUGUGUCAUGGUUAGUCCAACUAUGUCUUCAAGAAAUUAGCACCAGGCAUUGUCACACAUUGGGACCUAAAGCUAGGGCUAUUUUGCAACACUUAAAGACAAACAAUAAAUGUAAUCUUGUAUGUUAUCUUGUAACCUGAGCUAAAAACCCAAAUAAUAGCGGUUAUUGUUGUGUUUCAGGGCUGUGGCUUUGGGUGUGGGGCUGUGUACAUCUCCAGGGUACACAGAUGGUCGAUCCUUUGAGAAAAUGUUAAAAAUGAUUAUUUGUAUUUAAUCCUCAUCCUUUUAAAUUUCUAUUUUUGUGUGUUUUCUAAUGUACAUAAUAUAUUGUACAAUUGUACACUUAUAUAAUUUAUAAAUAAAUAAUACAUUUAUUGGUGCAU